UUUUUUAUGCGCGGCACCCCCGGCGUGUUGCAGUAUUGUUAAACCGGCGCCCGCAUCUACCAGUUAACGCCUCCCUUCCGUUCCCUUCCUCCCUUCUCGCAUUUCCGGCCAGGGGGACUCGACAUUGACGCCUCCGCCGAGCUUUGGGGAUGACUGGCAGUAGAAGGGUCCAAGCCUCAGGCUAUCAAUUGUACUGUCCUGGUUGGAAUUGCCUGGACAGCUGGAUUGCAAGUCUGUGUCCACGUUAAAGUCUUCUUGUGGAGGAUACCAUACUGCUAUAUCGACCGAAUUGUUCCUUGAAGCUUAGGUAAUAUAAGGCAAUGGGAUGUUCAAUGGUUAUUCUGAGAAAUGACCAAUGGUUUACUAACUAGUGUUCAUUAAUUGAGUGGCCAAACAUGCGGUGGAAACGAAAGAUACAUCAUGGAGGACCAUCUGAACAACAACAGGUCAGUCCACUUGUGGAUGAAGUAUGUGCCAUUGACGAGGAGGUUUCCCAUCUUUGUAGAAUUAAAUCUGAACCAAGUCAGAGAACUCGUGCAUCCAUUUAUGCUGGCCAGAAGAGGCCUGUCUCAACAUUCAAGUUAUUAUCAGGGAGAGAAUCAAAUUGCUCGGGGAUGGGCAGAUUCUCUUCAGCUGAUUGCUCUUAUGCUCUUCGGAAACACCUACCAGUGAAAGGCCCAUGGUGUGUGGAUGACAUGGAUAGUGAAGCUUACAUCUCACAGUUCUCUGCAGAUGGUUCACUUCUAAUUGGUGGGUUCCGGGGAAGCCACAUCAGAGUCUACAACUCUGAAAAAAAUUGGAAGGUUCAUAAAGAUAUAACCUGCAAACGUCUGCGCUGGACAAUUUCAGAUAUUGCCCUCUCACCUGAUCAACGAUUCCUGGCUUAUUCCAGUUUGUCGCCUACUGUUCACAUAGUAAAUGUCCAGAAUGCUGUAAGGGAAUCACAUGCUAACAUUACAGAAAUUCAUGAGGGUCUGGAGUUUUCUGACGAUGAUGACGAAUUCUCCUUUGGGAUAUUCUCUGUAAAAUUUUCAAAAGAUGGGCGAGAACUUGUUGUAGGAAACAACAAUGAAUCAAUAUGUAUUUAUGAUCUUGGAGCAAACAAAGUAACAGAACGCAUUAAUGCACAUGUGGCUGAUGUCAAUGUGGUCACCUUCGCUGAUGAAACAAGUGAUGUCUUGUACUCUGGAAGUGAUGAUAGCCUUUGUAAGGUUUGGGAUAGGCGCUGCCACAAGAAACAAAAGCCAGUAGGUGUUCUGACCGGUCAUUUAGAUGGGAUUACAUUUAUUGAUAGCCGUGGAGAUGGGCACUAUUUUAUCUCAAACUGCAAGGAUCAGACUAUUAAAUUAUGGGAUCUCAGGAAAAUGUCUUCCACUACAAAAGAGUGCACACCAAAAGGGUAUGAAUGGGAUUACAGAUGGAUGACAUACCCGUCAGAAGCCCGAUAUUUGAAGCAUCCAUAUGAUCAGUCACUAGCCACAUUCAGAGGCCAUUCUGUGUUGCGCACACUUAUUCGUUGUUAUUUUUCCCCAAUGCACAGCACGGGUCAGAGGUACAUAUACACAGGAUCCAGUGACCAAUGUGUCUAUAUUUAUGAUGUGGCGACAGGUAAGGUUGUUGAAAAACUGAGAUGGCACGGGUCGAUCAUCAGAGACUGCUCAUGGCACCCGUACCUCCCCACACUUGUCAGCUCUUCUUGGGACGGCUAUUUGGUCCGGUGGGAGGCAACAGAGGAUGGCAGAGACCCCUCCAUGCUCAAGACAUGGAAGCAGAGGAUGCAUCCAGAAGGAUACACAGUGUCGUUUGUCCUUUAGAAGUGAAGCUCUCAAGGGUCUCAUGUGGGCAUGUGGCUCCACUUGGUCACCUUGCAGGCUUCCCAAGCCUCUGGCUCGAAAAAGUCCUUUUACUAUUUAAAAUUUCGUGCUGUAUAUAAGUGAUCGAGAGUGAAUUGUUGAGGCGGUUCGCAGGUCGAGUGAAUUGUUGAGGCGGUACAUAGACUCGCAAAAUUGUAAUGCAAAAGUUUAUCUAUCUAUCUAUACUAUAUCUUAUCUUAUAUACUAUAAA